GAGAGAGAGAGGGGGAGCGAGAUAGAGAGAAACAGAGAGAGAGAGAGAGAGAGAGAGAGAGGGGGGCAAGAGGCGGAAGGCAACAGGCUUCUCUUUAUCCCCAGCUACAGCGAGGAGGAACUUCUGACUGACUUGUGCUCAACUCACACACGCAUACGUACACACACGCGCUCACACUCCACUCACGCACUCGGGCACAGACACAGAGACACACGGCUCUCCACUCCACUCCACUCCUGCUGUACUCGUACACUCUGCUCCGCUCCGCUCUGCUCUCUUCGUGGUCACUCCUGAUCCUGCGCUCCUGUCGUCUACAGUAUCUUCCCUUCAUCCCUUCAUCUGUCCCUCCACGCUGACGGGGAGGCCAGUUUUGAAGCUGCCUUGCCCCAACUGGGUUCAUCAGCCGGGGGUCACUUCUGAGGAACGCUCGGCUCUGCUCCCCCCCGUCUGCUCUCCCCUCCAGGCUACGGAAGUCCCGGCCCCACUCUUCAGUAAUGGGAUCCAGACCUAAACAUUAGCCUUGAGCCUAAGCAGACAGCAGCACACCUGUGAGCAGAGCGACAGACGGAGAAGGGGAGACGGAGAGAGAGAGAAAGAAAGCGAACGAAAGAGGGCGAGAACCAGAGAGUGGGCGUGCAUGUCUGUGAGAGAGAGAAGGAGAGAGACGGUCAAAGUAGAAGAGGAAGAGGAAGAAAAGGGAGACACUAGAGAGUGCAGACCUUCUCCUUCCUCUUCCCUGCUCGCUGGCUGUCACCGCUCUCCGUUAGCCCCGUCCCUCUCCUGGCUUUGGCCCCCGCCGCCACGCGCUCUGGACCCGAGCAGGACCAACGGACCCGGCCGGACACCCGUGGCCAUGGCUACCAACCGGGAGCGGCCCGCCGUGGGCCACAUGGCCGGCUUCUACCCCUUCGCCUUCAGCUCCAUGCGCAACCACACCCCCUUCGACCUGCUGGCCAAUAGCAGCCUCUUCGGGCGCUUCGGGGCCGACCUCCCCAAAGAGAUGGCGGCGCUCUCGGUGGAGACCCAGAGUACCAGUUCGGAGGAGAUGGUCCCCAGCUCCCCCUCCCCUCCUCCCCCGCCGCGCAUCUACAAGCCCUGCUUCGUCUGCCAGGACAAGUCCUCCGGAUACCAUUAUGGAGUCAGCUCCUGUGAGGGCUGCAAGGGUUUCUUCCGCCGCAGCAUCCAGAAGAACAUGGUGUACACCUGCCACCGCGACAAGAACUGCCAGAUCAACAAGGUGACGCGCAACCGCUGCCAGUACUGCCGCCUGCAGAAGUGCUUUGAGGUCGGCAUGUCCAAAGAAGCUGUGAGGAACGACAGGAACAAGAAAAAGAAGGACAUCAAGGAGGAGGUGGUGCUGCCGGAGAGCUAUGAGCUGAGCGGAGAGCUGGAGGAGCUGGUCAAUAAAGUCAGCAAGGCCCACCAGGAGACCUUCCCCUCCCUCUGCCAGCUGGGCAAAUACACCACCAACUCCAGUGCGGACCACAGGGUGCAGUUGGACCUGGGCCUGUGGGACAAGUUCAGCGAGCUCUCCACCAAGUGCAUCAUCAAGAUCGUGGAGUUUGCUAAGCGCCUGCCAGGCUUCACCACCCUCACCAUCGCUGACCAGAUCACCCUCCUCAAGUCAGCAUGCCUGGACAUCCUGAUGCUGCGUAUCUGCACACGUUACACUCCUGAGCAGGACACCAUGACCUUCUCAGACGGCCUGACGCUGAACCGCACGCAGAUGCACAACGCCGGCUUUGGCCCGCUGACCGACCUGGUGUUCGCCUUCGCUGGCCAGCUGCUGCCUCUGGAGAUGGAUGACACAGAGACCGGACUCCUCAGCGCCAUCUGCCUCAUCUGUGGAGAUCGCCAGGACCUGGAGGAGCCGGAGAAGGUUGACCGUCUGCAGGAGCCGCUGCUGGAGGCCCUGAAGCUGUACGCUCGCCGUCGCCGGCCCAACAAGCCACACAUGUUCCCACGCAUGCUCAUGAAGGUCACCGACCUCCGCGGCAUCAGCACCAAAGGAGCCGAGCGCGCCGUCACACUGAAGACGGAGAUCCCGGGCCCCAUGCCGCCCCUGAUCCGUGAGAUGCUGGAGAACCCCGAGAUGUUCGAGGAAGCCGCCGCUGCCGAGGCUGCCACCGCUGCUGCAGUGGCCGCCGGAAGAGAGAGCUCCAGCUCCAGUAGCUCCACCAGCAGCAGCAGCAAGGCCAGCACCAGCACCACCUCCACCCCAGGCAGCAGCAGCGGCGCUGGGGGUAGUGGCUCAGCCGCUCCCCCCGCCGUCCAGGCCAUCAAGCGGGAGCGCGAGGAGGAAGAGUCGGCCCUGGAGGAGGAGGAGGAUGAGGAGGAGGACCCCAAUGUGGAUAGGGAGCGGGUUGGGGACAGCGACGACGAGGCCUGGGGACUCGCCAUGCCACCCGACCCUGCCAGGAAAGGGGCCACGGGACGUGCCCAGUGACGCAGGACAGGAAUGGAGACAGGGAUGGAGUGAUAGAUACAGUAGAGAGAGGGAUGGAAUAGAGGGAGGGAGUGUGUUUUAAAUCUCUAUCGACUUGUCUGAACUCCUUUACAAACUUGACUUACAUAGGUGCGGCAGUAUGCAUCCCCCUAGUGUCGUAUUUAUGUCUCAUGAGCAUGAGGGGUGUGUACUUGAAACACACACACACACACACACACACACACACACACACACACACACACACACACACACACACACACACACACACACACACACACACACACACACACACACACACACACACACACACACACACACACACAUACUUUUACACAUAUACACACACAUACACAAACACACACAGAAUGAAUUUCUCUGCACUCUUACAGGAACAGGUCCAUCUCAUUCGAUAAGGCAUACUUGCUAGGGGUUGUUUGUUUUUUUGUCCUUUUGAAAUUUACUCAGACAAAGAAGAGACAGACAGACACACAUGCUUGAGAUCAUAAGCUAGUGCAUACUUAAUGAAUGAAAAGAAAAUCAAAGAGACACGGAUAGAGGAAAGCACUACACGCCUCCAAACUCCUCUGGACAGGAAGAGGCCAGAGGAAACGAAGAGAACGAACGAAUGAACGAACGACAAGAAGUGACACUACAGUGCCAUACCAAUCACUGUGCUUGGUAACACCAAACCUUUGUUUACUCCAUAGAGGAAAUGCAAAAAAAGAAAAAUACACACACACUACAUACGUCAUAGGUGCUUUCAAGAUAUGAGGGUAAAAAACUCCAGUACCCACAAUGCAGCAUGUUUUGAGGAAAAAAAGAGUUGUUAUGAUGAUGAUAAAGCACCAAUCUUCCAUCGGUGUCCUUUGAAAAAAAAAAAGUGACUGCUAUUUUAUUUGACAUUUAUUUUUUAUUGUUUCGUCUUUCUAAUGGUAUAUAAGCCUUUAUAUUAUAAUAUUGCCCUUUUUCAUAUAUAUGGUCAUGUUUAUGUUUUUUGUUUUGUUUCGUUCUGUUUGUUUUUGUUUUCGUUUUUUCGCUUUACAUGUGUGCACAUGUUGAUGUGCACAUGUCGAUGUGCAAACACGAGUCCAACUUUUUAAUGACAGACUGGCAACCCUGCCUUGGAAAGCACCCCAUACAACUCAACGUCUAGUUAGACUGUGUUCUGAGGCAAGGUUGGCCUACGUUAGAGUGGUCCCUACUCCCUAGUUCCUACUUCCUACUCCCUAGAUCCUUCUCAAUCUGUAUUGGGUGGUACCCACUUUUGUAAACAUUUUGGAGAUGGCGAUGUCAGCUUGGGACCACAGUUACGGCUAUAGCACACACACAUACACACACACACAUGCACACACACAGCCUCUCAACCUCAUCUCGUCACAGGCUUGACAUAUGCACUCAGUUUUCACAGACAUCAUUCACACAGUCACACAUGCACACCUCACACCUGUUUAUAUCCAGCAGUCCCCUUACUGUUGAUAUGGAGUAUGUGUGUGACUGACUGCCGUUGAAAUGAACGAACAGGCCAAAAUGGUUGACUCAGGGCUCAACUCUCUCUAAAAGGACCAAAACUGUCACCUGACCGGUGGCUACGCCUCUGUCGUCUCAGUCUCGCUGAAUGACCCUCUCCAUGGACACCACCAAACACUAGCUACCGUCACCAAGCAUCACCAAGCCAUUACUUUUGUCUGAUCUCAAAAGGGGAAAGCUAAAUUUAGCCGUAGCAUUUACUUCCCAGCCAGCAGGGAGAGAGGGAGGAAUGGAGAGAGAGAGAGGGAGGAAUGGAGAGAGAGAGGGGGAAAGAGAGAGAGGAUGGAGGGAAGAGUGGAAGAGGGGAGCUUUUGGAAGGCUCCGCCAUGGAAUUGAAUGGCGAUAGUCAGCGAAUGAACGCUCAGAGACAUAAUAAUAAUUCCCAUGCAGGCUCUUGGCCAUGAUGGAAGCAAUAUGAGACGAGUGCUUCAGAGGAGCGUGCCUGCUGGCCGGAACAGUGUUCAAGCACACGUGUGUGUGUGUGUGUGUGUGUGUGUGUGUGUGUGUGUGUGUGUGUGUGUGUGUGUGUGUGUGUGUGUGUGUGUGUGUGUGUGUGUGUGUGUGUGUGUGUGUGUGUGUGUGUGUGUGUGUUACAUGAGGUUUUACAGAUAUGGGAAUCACCAAGUUACAUGAGGGUAAUCCCCUUUCCCCUUCUGUCUGAUCUAACUGUUACAUUAAGUCCAUGUUUUGUCAUAUUUUUGCAUUCCUACCAACAUCUCAGUGUGCCCUGGUUCAGUGUGAUCGUCUCAUUGCUUUGUUGCAUCUCCCCCUCAUGGCUUGAAAAACCUCUUGGGGAAUCCAUUUUGUUUUAAAUCCUUUCCAUUUGGGAGUCACCUGAUUAGUGGUCUGAUGAUGAGGAACAUCAUUUUAUGAGCUCAGUGUAUUUAUUGUUUUGACUUCGUUGUAUUUAUUUCUUCUUCGUUUCUCAGCUUGUACUUCAGCAAGAACCUCUUCUCUGAGUGAGGUGGACUCAUACUGAAGCAGAUUGUGUCGUCACCUCAUAGAGUGUGGUGACGUUUUUCACACCGUGGCAAGAAAACAGAAAACGAUUAACUAUAGCCUUUCGCUUGAUUAAUACAACAUGCACACCUACAGCUGAGGCCCAAUCACUCUGUGUUUCCCCGUGGCUCCAUUCCUGCUGUCCGGAACAUUGCAAACCACAUGUCAUAAAGUAUUUUAUUGUGGACGUAAUGGACGCAGCAUUGGUCACUUGUGGCUACCCUACAACCUUAAGAGAGCUCAGGCGAAGACUGAUAUAAAAAAAAACAUGUGGAUGGUUGCCGGUCAAGUCCUAGCCCUUGUGCAGUAUGGACCGCAUGCUGUAUCCACAUGGUUUAUGCAUCGAUGAUAUGCGUGCACUGAUGUCAGGUGGUUUGACAGGGUAAUCUUUGUCCUGCAUUCUCUUCAGGUAUUUACAUGGGCAUCCGGUAGUAGCCCAGUUAAGAUGGCUGUCUGUGGAGAAUACGCAGUGAGGUGGACGGUGUUGUCACUAUUGUGAGGCAGUGUACCAGGGCAUGCCUGGUCAGUAGGGUGAUGUUAUGUUCAGUCGGUCGGGAACAGCAUAGGUUCCAAGUGCAUGGAGGAAAGAAAAUGACCUCUUUUCUGUUUUCAAUAUGAACCACCUUCUGUCUGCACAACCAAGAAAGCCAUUGUGUGUGUAGUAUGUGUAUGUGCGUGUUUGCCUAUGCAUGCAAAUGCGUGUGGUGUGUGUGUGUGUGUGUGUGUGUGUGUGUGUGUGUGUGUGUGUGUGUGUGUGUGUGUGUGUGUGUGUGUGUGUGUGUGUGUGUGUGUGUGUGUGUGUGUGUGUGUGUGUGUGUGUGUGAGACUGUCUGUCUGCUUGUGUGUGUGUGUGCGUGUCAAUUUAUAUGUAUCAGUAUGCACAAACUUCAUUCUCUCAAAAUAUGCAGAUAACCAUAUUAUUGGGAAAAUACAGCCAUACCUCUCCAAGACAGUCAAGUUUCAGGUGUUGAGGCGCAGUCAGACAUAGCAAUGUAAAAGCAAUAAAACUUUUCUACGGCAAAAAAGAGAAAAAAACUUUUAGGUUUUGCUUUAGCUUUAAAUCUUGUUCUUGGAACAGGCCAGCCAGCCUGUUUUUGUUGUGUAGCAGAGACCCUAGAGCACUGGAGAGGUGAUGAGGGCCCAGGAUAUAUGAACAUAUAUUUUGCAUAUCUAUGUAUGUAUAGUAGUUUUACACAUAGCAUUUGAAUCUGAAGAGAGCGACACGUAUAUGUACAAUUUAGUCAGUCGUGCUGUUGUUUUCUCAUUCAGAGACCCAAAGCAUUUAUUUGAAACAAGACAAUAUAGGCCUUAUUUGAUAGAGGUUUAAGUAGUUGGCAUUUAGUAGAUGUGCAUUUGGACUUUUUUUUAUUGGAUAUUUCGGAUGUGUGUCGUCUCGUAUGUAUCUUUUUUUUCCAAUGAAGAAUCAAAAAAUUUGGCAUCUUGGAAUGAAUACACCUCUAAAGCACAUCCUGCUCAGAUAUUAAUAUUUUUUAUUGUGUGCCUGUGUUGCGUUUUCUCUGUUUCAGUUUGAUGACUAUGUUUGGGUCUACAUAAUGGGUUAGAAUAACAUAAUAGAAUGUAUCAUGCUAUUAUUUUAUGUCUGUAUAGUCUUCUACGUGUUGGUUUUGCUAUAACAGUAUAACUCGUAAUGUACCUUUGUUGUUAUUGUUUGUUGAGAGAAAGAGAGAGAGAGAGAGAGAAUCAGACAGAUCUCCAAAUUCAGGGAAUUAAAAAAAAAUCAGCCUUAUAGAUCUCAUUAAAGUUCUCCUUUAAGAUACCCUAGUUGAAUUUACUCACUUUUAUGAAAGAAAAAAAAGUUUUUUCUUGCCCUAAAUUUUGUUGGCUUGCUUUAUCUCUAUGUCCCUUUGUACUGUCCUUUUGUUUUGUUUCAUUUAAUUUUGUUGUGUGUGUUUGUGAGUGUGUGCCUUCAGACAUCAACGAUAAAGGGCUUCCUUUUGCACAGAGGUCGUGGAAAGCUAUUGCAACACCUGACAUGUUAGUAGACCAAGAGGACAUAUGCCUGGACAGAACAAGACGUUUUAUGCGCGUGCUUUACUCAUUUCUUGCAUCAAGCCAAAUACAUUUUUUUCUAUUAUAUUUACUCCAUUGUUUAAAAAGCUCUGUUUUGUUUUGUUGCGGUUGUUUUUCAAAUAUCAUUUUAUAAAGAAAUUUCUCGUUCAAAGUUGUGCGUCUGAGUCAUUCUUUCAACCAACCCACCUAAUGUCGCUUAUUUCUAGACAAAACGUAUGUCGCGAAUGUUCGUCAGAAGGGGGCAGCGUUUUGCCAUUGCCAAAUGUGAUAGGCCUACGGGCCUAGGGGAUUCAAAUUUUAAUGCGAGGAGUUGGAAGAUUGCUGCGCGCGCCACUGUCUGUGAAGGUGAAACCAGCAAGGUUCUAGGAAAAGUUCACCGACUUCUCAAACAUAAUCCAGGAAAAACAAAAGGCUUCUGACUGAACCUUCCACUCCACUAUAGUAUUCCUUUGCCCUUGACUUUGGCUGUUAACCCCUGGCCCCGCUGCCACGGCAACCCCCCUCCCUUCUGCACUCCUCUGAAUCACCAGCGCUCUCUACUGAUCCUUCUCCAUCAUGCUUGGAGAGUCAACUGUCUGAAUGCGCCCACAUCUGUUUACUCAUCUGGCCAGUGUGUGAUUCCUGUUGCGGUUAUCCUCGUUGCACACCUACAAGGUGUGGUCAGUAAGGAGAGUUGCAAGCAUGGCAUGAUUGUGUCACCUGGCAGCUUCAAAAAGUCCAACCCAGGUGUCAGCCGACACCAUCAAACGAGCUAUAUUUCAUCUGACAGCUUCA